UUGCUUCUAACCCCACGCUAUAAAAGCAGCUCUAAUUUUUCUAUAACUACAUAACAUUAGCCCAUCAUUUGGCACAACCACCACAAUUCUCUCCAUCUAUCUCACAAAAAAAAAUCAACAAAAUGUAUCAAGAAAAGACAAUUAUCACACUUCUCAUGAUAUUCCUAGCUUCAUUAUUCAUAUGCAAUGGCUCUUACAUAGUGGAACCACAUCAUCAAGCCAAUGUUGAACGUUACUACCAUGUACAUGAUGGUAGAUUGAUCAAAACAAAACAUCAACAUUUUGGUCACAUAACUAGGACCAAUAGAGAUACACUUUUCUCUUCAAAGUCUCAAGGAAUGGUAAGUGUUGAUGACUUUGGAGCAAGAGCAGAUGGAAGAGAUGAUUGGGAGGCAUUUAAGAAGGCAUGGAAUGAAGCAUGUUCUAAAGGGUAUGUCCUUGUGGUACCCAAAAAUAGGAUAUAUCGUCUCAAGCCAAUAACUUUUUCAGGUCCAUGUCAACCAAAUACUGCCUUUAUGCUCUAUGGAACAAUUGAAGCAUGGUCUCAAAUGUCAGCAUAUGAAGAAGAUAGGCAACACUGGAUUGUGUUUGAUAGUGUCUCAAAUUUCAAAGUUGAUGGUGGUGGCACUUUCAAUGGCAAUGGGAAAAAAUGGUGGGAAAACUCCUGCAAAUAUUCCAACAAUAACCUUCCAUGCAAUGAUGAACCAAGACCAACUGCGGUGACAUUCUAUGAUUGCAAAAAUUUGAAAGUAAAGAAUCUAAGGUUCAAAGAUUCACAACAAAUGCAUGUAGUAUUUGAGAGAUGCUUCAAUGUGUUUGUUUCGAAUUUGAUUGUGAGAGCGCCAGAGGAUAGUCCCAACACCGAUGGAAUUCAUGUUGCCGAAACACAAAAUAUUGACAUAAUAAAUUGUGAUAUUGGGACAGGUGAUGAUUGUAUUUCGAUAGUUAGUGGAUCCAAAAAUGUUCGAGCUAUAGAUAUCACUUGCGGACCAGGACAUGGGAUCAGUAUUGGAAGCUUAGGAGCUGAUAACUCAGAAGCUGAAGUUUCCAAUGUAGUAGUGAACAGAGCAGCCUUAACAGGAACAACUAAUGGAGUGAGAAUAAAAACAUGGCAGGGUGGUUCAGGAUAUGCAAGAAACAUCAAAUUUAUGAACAUAAAAAUGCAAAAUGUGACAAAUCCCGUAAUCAUAGAUCAAUACUACUGUGAUCAAACAGAGCCAUGCCAAGAGCGGAACAAAGCCGUGCAAUUAAGCCAAGUUUUGUACCAAAACAUCAGAGGAACGAGUGCUUCGGAAAUAGCGAUCAAAUUUAAUUGCAGCCGAAGCGUUCCUUGCAGAGAAAUAUACUUGCAGGAUGUGAUUUUAGAACCAGAAGGUGGUGGUGGAACUACUGCAACAUGUGAGAAUGUUCGAUAUGUAAACAGAGGAAAGUUUUAUCCUCAAUGCUCUCCACAAUAGGCGAUGAAUAAUGUCAAUUUGAAAUAUUUAUAUACAAAUAUUUAUCAAAAAUCAAAUGUUACAAAGAAUCUUGCUAUGUAUACAGAUUUUUAAAACUAUAACCAAGCUGUUGAAGUUAAAAA